UUGGGCUAGUCACACAGACAGACACAUAACGCGCCGUGACGCCCUGCCACACAGGCUACCCACAAGCACAUCAUCAUGAUGUCUACCACGCGGCAACUACUACUCGGCGCAUGCUUCAUCGCGGGCAGGACCGGUGCGUUCCACGUACCGGUCGCUUCUUCCCUGUCCCAUCACACGCGUUCGACACUUGCAGUUGCAGGAAAGUGCAACUCUGCCUCCGUUCGCCGAAGGUUCCGCUCGGCGGGCUUCGUCAUGGCGGCGGCGGCGAGUGGUGAGAUGCAGGAGACGAUCGAGGCGAGGCUAUCGGAGGCCCUCUCGCCGGUGCACCUGGAGGUGAUAAACGAGAGCCACAUGCACUCUGGGCCGGCGAAAGAGAGUCAUUUCAAGGUUAUCGUUGUGAGCGACGAGUUCGAGGGGAAGCCACUCCUGGCUCGCCACCGCAUGGUCAACGCGCUCUUCGCAGAGGAGAUGAAGGGCAAGAUGCACGCGCUUUCGAUUCAGGGGAAAACGCCCGCGCAGUGGGAGGCGGAGGGACACAAGGUAGCGCCUUCGCCUCCUUGCAUGGGUGGAAGUAAAGGCGACCCUUCGAUGUGAGGCCUUGCUCCAAAAACAGGACUUGAAGAGUUAAUCAUCCUUUUUGUUUUUUCUCCCGCAAGAAAGGGGGUGCGGGGCAGGCAAGGGAUGUUUGGGCGUAGUCCUCUUACUGGUCGAUCCUAUGUGCGCCAAGCAGCGGGGGUUUUGGGCGUCAGGAAGCCUACGGUCGUGGAGGAAAAGCGCUUGUCACGGUCGUGGGGGAAAAGCUCUUUUCCCAAGUGGGACGCCAAACGGUUUGCUAUGCCUUUACUUCGUCUUCCCAUGGAGUGAUGGCUAGCCAGGUGCCGUCCUGUGCUCUUUGUAGCAUGUAGCUCUACAUGACCUGACGACUCUUUGUAGCAUGUAGCUACGGUGUGUUUUUUGGCUUGACCUGACGAUAGCGGCGACAAGUGGGGGGUCGUUGUUGGUUAUCCUCGGAGCACGUGCUCCUCGCAAGUUGUGCACCAUUCGUAGGAUGAGAAGAUGCUCGGGACGGUGUUUAUUCAACAGCAGUUUGCGUGUGUUUUGGGUGGGUUCAGUAUGUCUGGGUGCGGGUUGACAUCCACCCGCAAUGGGGGACGUCGAGAGGCGGGAAUCUGUCGUUAAACAGUGGGAUUGUGUUGUAAAAGAGAAAAUAAUGCUUUGAAUGGACAGUCACAGAGCUGAUGACAAUCCCGUGGGUAAUGUGUUGUCCUGCUCGCGUAAUGCAAGUGUGUAGUGGUUUGGCUUCGUGCUCCCACCGAAGCAUGCCACGAGUCUACACCACAGCAGUGUCGUGACGUUCGUUGUAUCCAUGACCGAACAUUGAUGUGCCUUCGAGGGCAACGGUCUCCGAUGGCGAUACUGUCGUGUGCGAUGCCUAGGAGCGACCGAAGCCUCUUGCUCUCGCGCGUUGGUUGUACAGCAUUGUGUCUCCUUUUUACGGCGGUUGGGCGACCACGCAUCUACGACAUCACAAAUUCAAGAGCUCUGACCCAAGUGUAUAUCACGAACCUAUCCCU